AUGGUGCACAUGGCCUCUGGGGGAGAUCCGAGAGCGUUGUUAAACGCCUUAAGUUCAAUGUUAGGAACUUCCGGAUGUAUAAAGAGUGCUCAAGAAGUUGUCAGAAUAAUAAGAUUUGUUACAGCAGGUGGAUGGGAAGUUUUAAAUAAGUGGUUAAAUGAGGCUAAAGAAUCCAACGAUACGUGUUUACUUUCGAAAAUUUUAUCAGUUCUAAAAUAUUUACCUGUAUCUGUAAAUAUUCUAAAGCAGGGUAAUGCUGGGAAGACUGUAAAAAGCUUAAUUAAACAUACUCCAGAGGUAAAAGAUGUAGCAACUGAUAUUUUGGAACAAUGGAAAGAAGUAGUCCGCAAAGAGACAGGUGUUCAAGAUACCGUUUCAUCUAUGAAAAGAAAAAAAGAGAAAUUAGAAGAUGAUAAUGAACUUGCUAAGAAAGCCCGUAAUGUUACGAAAGUACCCAAUAGCAAUAGUGUAAAACUAGAAUCACCCAACGACUCUACGAUAAAUAACAAUCAAAUUAGAAAGCAACCUGUUAAAGUACCAAUAUCAAAUAAAGCGAAGAUAAUGACAGCCAACAUUCCUCCUACUAAGCCAAAGUCUACUGCCGCAACUCUUGCAACCACGAUUACUGAUAGUAGUUCCUUCAUGGACGCUUUAUCUGUCUCCGUUAGUAAAAAGCGUGCAAAGAAAGCUCAGUUAUCUACUAUCAAAAGCGGCCAACUACCUUCACAAACUGCUACAUCCCCUGUAGACAAAACAUUUCCUUCCCAGUCAGUUUCACCCGAUCAUGAAGUUAAUUUUCCAACUAUUAGCGAACCGACCAUUCAGCCUAUUCAAUCAGAAGCCACAGUAGAGAAAACUGUUGAUCCAGUGGAUCAACUUUCUAACAAUAUGAAACCGGUUAAAAUUGGAAAGAAAAAAAAAAGGGUUACUUGGGCUUCUGAGCCAAAUUUAACGAGGUUUCGUUAUUUCGAACUAGAUGAAAGUGAACGAGUCAAUGUUCGUUCUCAUAGCUUUCACGAUGCGCAAUACAUGGAGAUGAUGAGAGAAAGACAAACACUUCAGAAUGCGAAAUUUCAAGUGGUAGAUAACAUGAAGGAAACAAUUGCUUGGAGUAAGCCAGCUUUAAUUGAAUUUGCCUCAGGUAGAGGGGGACAAAUAACCGACCGACGUGUUCACAGUGAUGAAUGCGUAGCGCAGGAAAAGAGAGAACAGACAGUAUUAGCGGAGAUUUUUUUCUCUAAGGAUAGAGUAUCUGAUAAUCCUGCAGAACCGGAUUUGGAAGAUCUACCUUCUACUACUUCAUCGAAAGAUCCAACAGUAAUUCCUUUAAUUCCUGUUCCUGAUCCUGAUCUGGAUCUGUCUGAAGCUGGUUCGUCACUUGCAUCAACAGAUGCUGGUAGGUAUUCACUCCCUCCUGAAAUAGCAGACCUUAUUACCUCAGCUGCGUCAUCGCUAAGGACACAUGGAAGCUCAGAUACCGGUGCUGCAAAAGCCGUGCAACUAGCCGCUAAAAUGAUGCAUACCGGAGGUUAUCAGGAUGAACAAUAUGCGCCUGAAUUAGGUGAUCGUGUAACUCCACAAUAUGAGGAUGAAGAGUUAAAUCAUGAGUUUGAAGAGGACCCACACUACUAUAAUUAUCCGCACGAUCACCCAGAUCAACCUCCGGAUCGAUUUGUCGGCCAUGGUCCACCAAUGCGAGGUAAACGAUUCCCUGGUGCAAGAGGUGGCCCAAGAAUGCACCAUUGGCGUGGAGGCCCUCCAGGUCCUGAAGGUCCCCCAGUGAGAGGGAUGAAUCCUCCCCGAGGGCCUCGUAUGCCAGCAGAUCACUUAGAUAGGCCUCCAUUUGAAGAUGAAUAUGGUUCUUAUCCAAACGAGGAAUUUGCAUCCAUUGGGCCGGCUCCAGUACCAAGCCAUCGAGGUAGAGGUGGACACCACCCACGGGGUCGAGGGCGCCGAGGAGGACGAGGAGGCCGAGGCGGAGGAGAUGCAGGAGGUACGAAAACUGCUCCGUAUUACUUACGUUAG